AUGGCUACUGCUAGAAAUCCACAAGAGUCUCACGAUUUAAAAACCUUACAAGAUGAAUACGGUUACGAUCGUUUACCAAUCCUUGCACUGGAUGUUUCCGAUGAGAAAUCCAUUCAGAGUCUUCCGUCCUCCAUUCCUUCCUCGGUUAAGCAUAUUAAUUUAUUGAUCAACAAUGCAGGAUAUUUGGAAGCAUCGGUUCGGAAUUUGGAAGACCUUUCCAUGGAAUCCUUGUUGUACAGUUACAGAGUGAAUUGCAUUGGUCCCACAUGUGUUGGAGAACCAAUGGAUCCUAAGAAACAUCGAACACCAGAGAUGGCUGCUAGUGAUUUAUUGGAAAUUAUUCAUGAAGCAGAUUUUUCAAAGAAUGGAAAGUUUAUUUCGUACGACAAGACUGAGAUUGAGUGGUGA